CCUGCCAUGGUUAAUCAAUGUCUUCAAAGAAACAUUGAGAAACGGUGUUUCAAAAUGGCGGUAAUGGACAGGUACUAAAACAUUGACACUGGUAGUACCGCCUCAGCCCUGCUACACGCUACAGGAAGGGGCUCCAGUCCUUUCGCUCUCCAAGGACAAGAAGACGAUUUCGAAGCGAAGGACUUAAGAUUCAAGAAACUUUUAGUUGGUGCUCAUAGUUGUUAUUAUGGGCGGCCAUAUACACCUGCUACUGCUAGGUGUGUUGGUGGCAUACUCCAGGUCGGAGUCUGAAGUACCCCCGCCUGUAGGACCUAUUGGGCCUCUUCCUAUUCAGGAGACCCCACAGGAAGACUGGGGAUGCACCAGUGCAGGAUGUGGAUACACACAAAGUUAUGACCCGUGUUCGUGUUCGGGCAGUGGCUGUGCCGUGUGUACCAAUGGCGGCAGAUGCUCCAAGGUAUACAACAGCAAGAACCAAAUCCUUGGUUUCCGGUGCAUCUGCCCGUGUGGUUUCUACGGUCACUAUUGUGAGAAGGGCGACAACCAGGCUUGUUGUAUUGGGGAGCAAUACGGCAGGUACGACUGUGACAACACCUUCAUGGAGAUGAGCUGUGGCAAGCAGCACAUCCACGUGAAGCGUUUCUGUGACAGAAACGUGGACCCGUCUUGCACGACCACUCUGCCAGAGUUUGAGUGUUUCAUGGACAAGGUGCGAGCCUACUGUGACGGCAUGAGGUACUGCCGGGUCAACAUGACAGACGAGUGUCAGCAGACCCAGCAGCCCAACCUGGCCAUUGCCUACCAAUGCUGCCCGUCCUACAUCAAGCCAGAUCCCCCCUGCAGAAUCAACCCGUGUAAGAACGGUGGUAAAUGUAUGCCUGAGGGGGACAGCUUCCGGUGUGAGUGUAAAGACCCUUACACGGGACAUACCUGUGACGGAGUGCGAGCCUGCCCAUCACCCGGCGGCCUCAGCUGCUUGAAUGGCGGUAAAUGUGCAAUGCGCUCAGACGGUUCCAUGUACUGUAAGUGCAUCAAACCGUUCUUUGGAAGUUCAUGCCAAAUAGACGGAACAUCGUCCGUCACCGAUAAAGGCACCACGGUGAUAGUGGUACCCAAGUCCUGCGCAGGCUGCUGUGGCUCCCCCUGCCAAAAUGGCGGCAGGUGCCGUGAUGGUGCCAGACCAGGGGAGUACACCUGUUCCUGCCCAGAACCCUACGGUGGAAAGAACUGUGAAUCGACGACGCUAUGCAACCCACGAGACGUGUCCAACAACUACUGUUUGAACGGUGGAAGAUGCGUUCUAGACUCAUCUGGCGGAAGAUUGUGUCUAUGCCCUGAUAACUACUAUGGCCGAUAUUGUCAGAUUGACCUGACAGUAGACAUCCUAGCCUGCCUCCCCAACCCAUGCCAGAACGCAGGCACCUGCAUCCCUCAGCCAGCGCCAGGGGGCUUUAAGUGUCAGUGCAUGCCCCUGUAUACUGGGAAGAGCUGUGAGACCCCAAUCGCAUGCGAGGGUGACCCAUGCAAUGGAGGCAGGUGCACGCUUACUGGAAGACCUAAUGAUCCUUUCGAGUGCGAGUGCAAGGAACCAUUCUUUGGAGACGAGUGUACUCUCACAAUUAACCUGGUCGUGAGCGUUCUACAAAAGACAGGCCGUGUCAGUGGGCCCACAGGCCCCAAAGGACCUACAGGAAUCACAGGGGCCAUGGGACCCAAGGGAGAGACCGGAGGAGGUGUGGGGCAGGCCGGACCUAAGGGACCAACUGGUGUUGCCGGAGCUCCGGGUGAAGAAGGAAGACGUGGACCCGCAGGGCCUGUCGGCGACCCUGGCCCAAGAGGACCUCAAGGUCCAGCUGGCCCCCGAGGACCCGAUGGCAACAAAGGACCAAGGGGAGAUGCCGGCCCAGUUGGACCGUCCCCACCAGGGCCAGCAGGUCCAGCAGGGCCAGCUGGGAGAGACGGCUCCAAUGGACGCCCAGGUGGCCCAGGUUCAACUGGUGCCCCGGGAAGAGAUGGUAGAAAUGGUAACCCCGGGGCCCGUGGAGCAACCGGCCCCGCGGGUCCAGCAGGAUCUGCUGGUGAAGCUGGCCCGAGAGGCCCUACUGGCCCCAGUGGUGCCAACGGUGCUGAUGGAAGACCAGGUGCUAAUGGCAGUCCAGGUGCGCGUGGUCCAACAGGACCUGCGGGACCUGCCGGCCCAGCGGGGACAGCCAGAGGACCACCAGGCCCUGACGGCAGACCGGGUUCUAGAGGCCCUGCAGGCCCAGCGGGAAGCGCUGGCCCAAGAGGACCUGACGGACGAGACGGAGCUAAUGGUGCCAGAGGAGCAGCCGGCCCAGCAGGACCAGCAGGACCAGCCGGGUCACCAAACAGACAACAAGGUGCGAGAGGACCAAGAGGACCCGACGGACAAAACGGAGCAGCCGGUGCUAAAGGCGCACAAGGAGACCGAGGCCCUGCUGGAAGUAGAGGACCUACAGGACCCAGAGGAGAUAAUGGUAGAAACGGAGCACGUGGCCCAACGGGUCCACGAGGAUCCGCAGGCAGGCCCGGAGGAAAGGGACCUACAGGAGCCAGAGGAGCUGCUGGUGCUGACGGACGCCCGGGAGCCAAAGGACCGGCAGGAGACGCGGGUCCAGCUGGAUCGCCAGGACUUCCAGGACGCAGAGGUGACAUGGGUCCGCGAGGGCAGGCAGGUGCUAGAGGUCCUGCUGGUGUCGCAGGCCGACCAGGUACGACUGGGGCCAAAGGACCCACUGGACCCACUGGACCUAAUGGCGCAAGGGGACAACCAGGCCGCGCUGGAGAACCAGGACUUGACGGCAAAGAUGGAGAUAUGGGUCCUAGAGGCCCGGCCGGUCCUGACGGCCCUGCAGGAGACAGAGGUCCUCAAGGAUUUCCAGGUGGACCUGGCGGGAGAGGACCUAGAGGUCCCAAUGGUGCCCGAGGUGCAGCAGGCCCCGCAGGUUCAGCUGGAGCAGCUGGUUCUGCCGGCGCCCCCGGAGAAGACGGAACAACCGGACCACGAGGCCCCAGAGGAGCAGCUGGGCGAGCAGGUGAUAGAGGUCCGGCAGGAACAAGUGGAAGGCCAGGCUCUAGAGGAGGACGUGGUCCUACAGGACCUAGGGGAGCCCCUGGAGAAAGAGGACCCGCAGGGGCAGCAGGUACUGAUGGUAGAAACGGUGCUGCAGGCGGCAGGGGACCAAGAGGACCACGCGGAGAUCAAGGACCGGCUGGUGCUGCAGGAGCCGCCGGAGCACGUGGUCCGGCUGGAAGAGGCCCAGGUCCUAGAGGACCAACAGGACCUGCCGGUGCCCCAGGUCCGGCAGGUGCUGCAGGAAGCACUGGCCCAGCAGGACCAGCUGGGCCAAAGGGACCAACGGGAGACCGUGGAGCUGCCGGAGCACGGGGCCCAGCAGGAGCUGCCGGAGGUAGAGGUCCCGACGGAAACAGAGGUCCAAGAGGUCCAGACGGGAGUCGGGGAGCCGCUGGACUGGCAGGUUCCCCAGGUGCACCUGGCCCUGCUGGAGGAAGAGGUCCAACUGGGCCCCAAGGUCCCGCCGGAGCCCGUGGCCAAGCUGGCCGAGCCGGAGUCCCUGGUGGUAGAGGACCAACUGGCGCCCGAGGACCACCAGGUCCUGCCGGAGCCGCGGGUGCCAAUGGUGCACCUGGUCCACGUGGAGGAAGAGGACCACGAGGUCCAGCAGGCCCUAGAGGUCCAGCAGGCAACGCUGGCAGCACGGGAGCACCAGGAGUCACUGGACCCAGAGGUCCGAGAGGAGAGAAUGGACGAAACGGAGCACUCGGUGACCGGGGUCCUGCUGGCCGCGCAGGAACGGCAGGUGCCAGAGGAUCUGCAGGAGGGCGUGGACCACGUGGUCCCGCUGGUGCAGCAGGACAGAGGGGUGCGGCUGGACCAGCCGGACGUCCGGGAGCAGCUGGACCUAGAGGACCCACCGGGCCUAACGGUGCCAAUGGCAGAGAUGGAAGAGAUGGAAAUAAUGGCGCUCGUGGAGCAACAGGCCCCGCAGGUCCAGCAGGCUCCAGAGGCCCGGUUGGCCCAAGAGGUCCAGCUGGGGCGAGAGGAGAUGCCGGCACUUCUGGUGCUACAGGUCCCGGAGGACCACGAGGUGGCCCCGGACCUAAUGGAGCUGAUGGCAGACCAGGUGCUGCUGGUGCGACCGGCCCUGCAGGCGCUAGUGGUGGCCCAGGAUCAAGAGGCGCAAGAGGUCCCGCUGGCUCAAGAGGUCCUGCAGGUGCCGCUGGGGCCGCUGGUGCAAAGGGAUCACCAGGUCCAAGGGGCCCAACUGGCCCAGCAGGCCCGGCUGGAGAAAGGGGUGCUGCAGGAAACCCAGGCUCAGCAGGUGCUCCUGGAGGUAGAGGGCCCCGUGGGCCAGCUGGUGCAGCAGGUGCAAGAGGUCCAGCAGGCGCUGCCGGAUCACCUGGAGCAGCUGGAGGACCAGGACCAAGAGGCCCCGAUGGAGCACGUGGUGACAGAGGGCCAGCAGGAAGAAAUGGCCAAGAUGGUGCCCCAGGCCCAAGGGGUUCCAAGGGAAGCACAGGACCGGCAGGAGCUGACGGAGCCCGAGGUGCUGCAGGCAGAGCUGGCAGCCGUGGCCCAGCCGGAUCUGCUGGAGGUCCAGGUCCUAGGGGACCAGAUGGACCAAGAGGUCCUGCUGGUGCAGCUGGUCCAAGAGGCCCUAAGGGUACCAAGGGCCCACGUGGUGAUCCAGGACCAAAUGGUAGUAAUGGCAGAACAGGUGCUGCUGGAGCAAGCGGUACUCCUGGCAGAGAUGGUGCAAAAGGUUCAACUGGCCCUGCUGGCCCUAGAGGUCCCGCUGGUGCAGCUGGUGCACGAGGCCCAGCAGGUAGCCCAGGUGCCCCUGGAUCUCGAGGUCCAAGAGGACCUGCUGGUCGUGAUGGCAGUAAUGGUGCUGCUGGCGCCCGUGGUCCAGCUGGUUCACGUGGUGGACAGGGUGUGAGAGGCCCUACAGGAGCUCAAGGUCCAAGAGGAAGUGCUGGUCCCGCAGGCCCAGCAGGACCCAGAGGAAGCGCUGGAGGCCCAGGCCCAGCAGGUGCACCUGGUCCAGUCGGAGCAACAGGACCUGCAGGUGCAAGAGGUUCAGCUGGAAUAGCAGGUGCUCGUGGACCUGGUGGUCCAGCAGGACCUACAGGCCCCGCAGGCUCUAGAGGAGCAGCUGGAAGACCAGGGUCUGCUGGAGGUGUUGGACCAAGAGGCCCAACUGGUCCAAAAGGUGCCAGGGGUGAUGCAGGACCAGCAGGAAGCAGAGGUCCGGCGGGUCCAGUUGGACCUACAGGGCCUGCUGGCGCUAAUGGGGCAAGAGGUGCAGAUGGAGCACGAGGUGCAGCAGGGCCAACUGGACCUAGAGGGCCAGAUGGCCGAGAUGGAAGUAAUGGAGACAGAGGAGCAAGGGGAAGAGCUGGUUCACCUGGUCCAAGAGGGCCAGCAGGGCCAACUGGUCCUGUUGGACCAGCUGGUGCCGGACCUACUGGAGACAGGGGACCCCAAGGCCCAGCAGGUAGAGAUGGUCAACCUGGUGCCAGGGGACCAACUGGUAGCAGAGGUCCCAAUGGUCAGAACGGCAGGGAUGGCAGUAAUGGAGCUAAAGGUGCCAGAGGUGAUGCAGGAAGCCCAGGACAGCCUGGUCCACAAGGACCAGCAGGUCCACGAGGCAGUGCUGGAGCACGUGGUCCUGCAGGAUCACCUGGACCAAGAGGUCCCGCAGGUGCAAAUGGACAAGCAGGUGCAAGGGGUCCUAAUGGUAGAAAUGGUCAAAAUGGAGCUCAAGGGGCAGCUGGUCCUGCUGGAUCGAGGGGAGCCACUGGUCCAAGAGGCCCUGAUGGAAGGGGCCCUGAUGGUGCAACAGGAGCAAGAGGACCAGCAGGCUCACCUGGUAGACCGGGACCUGCUGGAGAACGGGGACCUGCUGGCAAUCGUGGUGCAGCUGGACCACGUGGGACAGCAGGAGCCCCAGGAGGCCCUGGUCCUGCAGGUAGCAAUGGCGCAAAUGGAGCAAGAGGGCCAGCAGGACCAAGAGGACGAGCUGGUGCUACUGGUCCAGCAGGACCAAGAGGCCCAACUGGUCCAAGGGGCCCAGAUGGAGAAAACAGGGCUGGACCAACAGGUGCAGCUGGUCGUCGAGGUUCCCCUGGUCCAAGAGGCCCUGAUGGAAGAGAUGGAAGCCGUGGAGCAACUGGACCAGCAGGUGCUAGAGGACCAGCAGGACCAAAUGGACGCAACGGAAACAAUGGAGCUAGAGGACCUACUGGCCCAAGGGGACCGGAAGGACCUAGUGCUGCAGGUGUUGCUCCACCAGGACCAGCAGGACCAACAGGUGAUGCUGGCCCAGCAGGACCAAGAGGCCCAGAUGGGGCUAGGGGUGCUGCCGGAUCCCCUGGUGCACGAGGUCCCGAUGGUCAAAAUGGUGCUAAUGGCAGACGGGGAAAUGCAGGGCCAGCAGGCAGCAGGGGAGCUGCAGGCAGGCCAGGACCCGCAGGUCCACGAGGCCCAACAGGACCGAAUGGUAGAAAUGGACAGAAUGGCGCUAGAGGACCUGCCGGUCCAGCAGGACCAGCAGGACCAAAAGGUUCCCCUGGCAGAAGUGGACCUGCUGGAAGACCAGGAGCUACCGGCCCUGCGGGUCCUGACGGAGCUGAUGGAAGACCUGGUGCAACAGGCCCAAGAGGAACGAAGGGAGCAGCAGGUCCUAGGGGACCUGAUGGAGACAGGGGUCCAGCAGGACCAAGGGGACCAGCUAAUGGCAGAGGACCUACUGGGCCUAGAGGACCAGAUGGACCAAGAGGUGCCGAUGGUGCAGCUGGACCAAGAGGACCAGCAGGCAGAGAUGGCCGAGAUGGAAGACCAGGUUCUAGAGGCGCCACAGGCCCCAGAGGCCCAGCCGGUGGAGGAGGGCCUCCAGGACCCACAGGACCCAGAGGCCCAGCUGGACCAGAAGGUGAUCGCGGCAGGCCAGGUCCAGCCGGACCAGCAGGUGCUACUGGUGAAGCAGGCCCAAGGGGACCGACAGGAAGACGUGGCCCUGACGGACCAGCAGGUCCAGCUGGAACCCCCGGUCAACCAGGUGCUAGAGGUGGUAGUCCUGGCCCACGUGGACCCAAAGGACCCACGGGUGACCGCGGUCCAGCCGGCUCGCCAAGCCGACAAAGGGGUCCAAAGGGACCCACCGGUGACAGAGGACCUGAUGGACCAAGAGGACCACCAGGACCAACUGGCCGCAAAGGGCCCACUGGACCACGAGGCCCUGAUGGAGCACGAGGACCGGACGGUCCAGCAGGACCAGCUGGAACGGUCAGAGGUCCAGCAGGUCCCAGAGGACCCAACGGGCCAGCCGGCCCCGCAGGCCCCGCAGGUCCAGCCGGACCUAAAGGACGAGACUUUGUCGGUCAAGGAGACGGAGGCGUUGGUCCACGAGGUCCAACUGGUCCAGAAGGUCCGAGGGGUCCAAAAGGCCCUGACGGCCGAGGCGGCGGCGGUGUUAGCUUCAAUUUCACCGGCCCUUAUUUGCUCUGCUUCCCUUGCGGCCCCAUCUUCUCUGGUCCAUGUAACCCAUGCGGCGACCAGCAGCCUCAGCUGCCAUGUGUAGGGGCUGGGUGCGGCUGUGUGGGAGGUGGAUGUCCCACAGGCCCACCGCUGCCACCAGGGUACGACACAGGCAAAACUGGUAUGACCGACAUACCGCCCGGAUGGCAGUACAACUUCCUCCGUCUGUGGGAUAAUGCCAAGUCGAAAAAGGCAGAUGCUGUUGUUACGUCCUAAGCUUUCUGACUACAGAAAAUUAUUUAUUAACACUUCACGCUUUUAACUGACAGUACUAGUGUUGUUUAUGUCAAUUUAUUUUUAUUUGCAAAAUGGAGAUUAAAGAUAAAUGAGUCGCAAACGUUGGCACUGUUCUCUGUGAUAUCUGUAAGGCAGAGAGAUGAUUGAAUGGAAAGUUACAAGUAAAACAACUUUGAAUGGAACAGUGUUAUUUUAAAACUGGAUGAGUUUAUCUUGCUAAACAAUGGCUUGUCUUAAACCAUACAGACCUCUCUCGUAAGCAAAAUAAUUACUUUUCCGAAACAUAAGAUUAAAAUUUAGGAUCUUGCGAACUUCAGAUACUGUACCUUAUGAAAUAAAAACUUCAAAUAAAAUGCUUUCAACAACGAA